UUCAAAAGUAAUUGAUUGGAUUUUCGUGUUAAAUACAUUAAAUUUUUGCUUCUGGAGGAAUAAAAAUGACAACCAUUGGGAAGUAAUGGGAGAAAGUGGUUAUUUUGCUUUGUGUGCUGCUAUUAAACGAGGAUUAGAGGAGUCACACUAUAAGUUUUAUAGUUAUGGGACGUACUAGAGCGAGUUUAACAAUGCUAUGGUUAUACGCUUCAUUUCCGGGCUCACUUCCUCCUGCCUCCCCCCUAUCUUCACAACGGAACCAAACGUUUGACGACGACAGUGGACAAUAACGAUGAUGAUGAUGAUGAUGAUACUGAUGCUGGAGAAACAUUUAUAACACCUAUUUCAAAUGAAAUUGAGAGUGAGUUAGUGCUGCUAUGCAAUGAUGGUCCCAUUUGCGCGCAGAAGCAUCGAGCCAGUCGAGCUUCGCUUCUCGUCAAACAAACAUCUCUUUAUUAAAAGUCUCUCUCUAUCUCCUUUUGGCAAAAUUUUCGUUUUUAUUAACUUAAAAUUAGUUCUAAAAAAAUUGACAAUUAUCGGAAAUUUGAAAAUUACAAUCAUUUAUCACACGACAUUAUUUUUUUCUUUUUUCUUUUUUUUGGGUCUAUACUAAUCGAUAUACUUAGACUCAGAUAAUAUACAUAUAUAUACGCGGAACACAGCUGUUCAUAUACUGAACAAGUUACGCACAAUUAUUUUUUUCACCCCUUUCUAAUUUUUCCAAUUUAAGAAAAAGAAAAGAAAAUUGAAAAUCCCGCGCAUUAUUUGAAAAACAUUUUUUAAAAAAUCUUUAAUAUUGAGAGGAAAUUAUCUAAAUUACAAUGAAUUAUAUAAAUUUCUAUUUUAUAUAGGAAACAAUUAAAAAAAAGAGAGAUUAAUGACGAAGCUAAAAGAAAAAAAAAUACAGAAUAAAUAUAAUUAUUAAUCUAUUUUGAUGAGUCCACCUACCUUACCAGCAUUAAUAUAUUUGAAUGAAGCCUAAGAAUUUGUAAAUAGAUCUAUAGAACCACGUGGACCUAUUUGUUUUUGUUAGAAAAACAAAUAAAUAAAAUACAUCGACAAUAAAUCGAGGUCUUAAAUAAUAAUCUUUUGGGAGCAAGUAAAAGAAUAUUUUAUGAAAAACAUAAAAAUACACGAAAAAGAUAAACUCAUUGUGAUAAGAGAGCAAACAGAGAUCAGACGUAUAUUUUCUUAAUGUGAAUAAUAUUUUUAAAAAAAGUGUCUUCAAGUCAGAAUAAUACUAGAGUACAGGAAAAAACUGGAAUUUGUCAUCAUUUUUUUUGAGCCUGUAAUGAAGUUUUAAAAUGUCAAAAUCAACAACAGAAUAUGUUAAAGCCGUUGAAGGCGGUAUAUCACCAACCCAGGCAGUCGAAACGAAAAUAUAUAAAAGAAGAUGGUUAAUAUUGGGAAUAUUUGUCCUCUAUAGUGCCAGCAAUGCCAUGCAAUGGAUUCAGUUCAGUAUUAUUGCAAAUACAGUUGCAGAAUAUUACAAUGUAUCAACAUUUGCCAUCGAUAUGACGAGCAUGAUUUUUAUGAUUACAUAUAUUCCAUUUAUUUUUCCAGCAAGUUACCUUUUAGAUAAAUUUGGCCUUCGAUUUGCAGCAAUUUUUGGUGCCGUUGGAACAGCAACUGGUUCAUGGAUAAAAGUCUUUAGUGCCGUUCCCGAUCGAUUUUGGAUUGGAUUUUUUGGCCAUAGUUUGGUAGCAAUUAGUCAAACAUUUAUUCUUUCGGUACCUGCACGUUUGGCUGCCGUUUGGUUUGGACCAGAUCAAGUUUCGAGUGCGUGCAGUAUAGGAGUUUUUGGAAAUCAGUUGGGAAUUGCAAUUGGAUUUUUGUUUCCACCGAUGUUAGUUCCAGAAAGUAAAAAUCCAGAAAUCGUUGGCCAAGGAUUACGACUUAUGUUUUAUAUAGUCGCUGCAUUUACGUCCAUAAUUUUAGCCUUAAUUUUAAUAUUUUUUAAAGCUGAACCACCACUUCCACCGAGUCCAGCACAAGCGGUUCAACGUGAUGCUGAGGAUAGUGAAACUUUUUUCCAAUCAGUCAAACGUCUAAUGUCAAAUAUUGGUUAUCUAAUACUUUUGCUAAGCUAUGCAAUUAAUGUUGGCAUUUUUUACGCUAUCAGCACACUUCUCAGUCAAAUUCUUGAGAAGCAUUAUGAGAAUUCAAGCAUGGACGCUGGCAGAAUUGGUUUAACAAUAGUUUGUGCUGGAAUGCUGGGAUCAGUGAUGUGUGGAGUUGUUUUAGACAAAACACACAAAUUCAAGGAAACGACUCUUGGUGUCUAUUUAUUUUCAUUAGUUGGAAUGAUCAUUUUUACCUUCACACUUGAUUGUGGAAAAAUUUACGUUGUCUAUGUCACUGCUGGAUUAUUAGGAUUCUUCAUGACAGGAUAUUUACCUGUGGGCUUUGAAUUUGCUGCUGAAUUAACAUAUCCCGAACCAGAAGGUACAUCAGCUGGUUUAUUAAAUGCAAUGACACAAGUUUUUGGCAUUGCAUUUACUUCACUUUCUGGGUUUUUAAUUAAAGAAUGGGGUGAUUUUUGGGCAAACAUUGGUCUUUGUGUUACUCUUACACUGGGAACAUUUCUCACAAUGAUAAUUCCCAAUGAUCUCAGAAGACAAAAUGCCAAAUUCUAAAAAAAUAUUGAUAUUUAAAAGAAAAAAAAUAUAUCCAUAUAGUAAGUUAUUCAAUAUGAAAUUUCGGACAAUAGCACGCAAGUGCAAGUGCUUGCCAAACGUGCCAAUUUUUUGAAUUUCAAAAAAAGAAAAAAAAUUAUAUCCAUCGCUGAAAACGAUGAUGAUAUUAAAUAUAAAAAUAGGGUCAUUCAUUUUCUUUGAAAAUGAAAAAUCGAGACAAUAAUAGAUAAUGAACAAAUUUAAAAGCCUUUUUUUAGAAUGGAAACAUGAAAAGUAAUCAUGUCAGUUUUCUCGUAUUUUCAUUUUAAUAAUCUAAUUUUUAUAAAAAAUGAUAAUUAUUUUCUAAUUCUAUAUAUAAAAUACGUUUCAAUACAUAUUUUUUGACAAUAAAUGAAAGAUGUAAUUUUUUUUGACGAUUUAAAAAUGAAAUUUGAUUAUUGACAUGAUACUUAUUGCAAAAUAAUUUUUGAAUACCAUUCUUAUUUUUACAAAGGAAAAAAAAAUAUUUUUUAAAAUUCAAAUAUGUAUAAUGAAUAUACAUAUUUAUGAAAAAAGAGCUGCUCAAAAUUUGAAUCGAAUCGAAUUUUAUUCUGUUUUUAAAAGCGACCUUUUUCGCUACUUAGAUUUAAAAUCAAACAAUUUUAAUUCGAUUUGAUUCAUUUUGUACAGAUGAAUAGUUAUUAGAAAAAAGAGAGAGAAUUAUAUUAAAUAAUAAUAAUAAUAAUAAGAUUAAAAGAAAGCACAUAUAUAGUGGAAGUGUGUGAUUAAAACAGAAUAAUUAUGUAAAAGACAAAAAAUAAUGUGUCAAUCGAAAAAUAAUUGUCCAAUAUCGAAAUACCGUAUCUUCCAACAGACUUACGUCUAAAUUAGCAGGAAAAAACCAUUAAAUAUAAAAAAUAUUCUACAAAUGUUAUUAUUGGUCCAGGAGAUCAAUUUUUAAAUAUAUAUGUGAGAAGUUUAAAAAAAUAUUUAAGAUUUGUUAACAAAACGACAAACAUUUUUUUCAUAAAAUGUUUCAUUGUACAAAAAAAGAAAAUAUAAUUUUUACAUUCAAUAUUUUUAAUUUUAUUACAUAAAUGGUUAAAAAAUUAAUAAAAUGGUAAAACUGUCGAAAAAUAUAAAAAAUACUGACAUAAAAAUCUACCUUACCGACUGAUGGUAAAGCAGUUUUUUUUUUUGAAAAAUGAAAAUAUAAAAAUUACCGAUAUAGAAAUCGGCCUUACCGACUGAUGGUAAAACAGUUUUUAAAAUAAAAAAUUACCGACAUAGAAAUCUACCUUAUCGACUGAUGGCAAAACAGUUUUUUGGAAACUGAAACUAUAAAAAUUACCGGCCUAGAAAUCUACCUUACCGACAGAUGGUAAAACAGUUUUUAAAAAGAACAUAUAAAAUUUUACCAUCAGUCGGUAAGGUAGAUUUCUAUGUCGGUAAUUUUUAUGUUUUCAUUUUUCAAAAAAAAAACUGCUUUACCAUCAGUCGGUAAGGUAGAUUUCUAUGUCGGUAAUUUUUAUAUUUACAUUUUUCAAAAAAAAUGUUUUACUGUAAAAUAUAAUUUAAGUGAAAUUAAUUGCAUUUAACAAUCAAUAAUAUUGGAAAUAACAACAAUUAAAAAAAACAAUGUGAGUAAAAGUAAUAAUAUAUAAUUAUUUGUUUUGUACAAUGUUACAAUCUUUUAUUCGGAAAUUUUUUUGCAGUUUUGUUAACGACUCAAUUUUAAAUAAAUAAAUAAUAUAAUGAAAAGAG